GCCUGCUUCCUACACUUCGUCUCCGGCCCUCGCCCUGUGGCAGGCGCUUGGCUCAAGAUGAAUCUCAACUUCACCUCCCCUCUGCACCCGGCGUCUUCUCAGAGGCCCACGUCCUUCUUCAUUGAGGACAUCCUGCUGCACAAGCCCAAGCCGCUAAGGGAGAUGGCCCCUGAUCACUUCGCCAGCUCUCUGGCCUCCCGGGUGCCUCUCUUAGACUAUGGCUACCCCCUCAUGCCCACACCCACCCUCCUGGCUCCUCACCCUCAUCACCCUCUGCAUAAGGGAGACCACCACCACCCUUAUUUCCUCACCACCUCGGGGGUGCCGGUGCCGGCGCUGUUCCCGCACCCCCAGCACAGCGAGCUGCCGGGGAAGCACUGCCGCCGCCGCAAAGCUCGCACGGUUUUCUCGGACUCGCAGCUUUCCGGCCUGGAGAAGAGAUUCGAGAUCCAGCGCUACCUGUCCACGCCAGAGCGGGUGGAGCUGGCCACGGCCCUCAGCCUGUCCGAGACGCAGGUGAAAACGUGGUUCCAGAACCGGCGGAUGAAGCAUAAAAAGCAGCUGAGGAAAAGUCAGGAUGAGCCCAAAGCGCCCGAUGGGCUCGAGAGCCCCGAGGGCAGCCCUCGCGGCCCAGAGGCCGCAUCCGCCGAGGCUCGGCUGGGCCUGCCCGCCGGCCCCUACGUGCUGACCGAGCCCGAGGACGAGGUGGACAUCGGGGACGAGGGGGAGCUCGGCUCGGGGCCGCACGUGCUCUGA